CUGCCGCGAGUAAGUCAGAGGAAGGAGGAUUGGGAGGGAGGAGGUCUCAGUUGCAGCCAUGCUGAAUCACGGCUGCUGAUCGGGGUCCCUCACGGGGCUGCUGGGAGAACCCAGCGAGCAGCUCCAGUUCCCGGGUGCAUGCACAGUUUGGUGACUACUAACCCUGCCGGGCCUCCCACAAUGGAGGGCGAAAGCGUCAAGCCGAGCCCUCAGCCCACAGCGCAGGCCGAGGAUGAAGAGAAGAACCGGAGGACCGUAACCGUCAAUGCUGCCCACAUGGGGAAGGCCUUCAAGGUCAUGAAUGAGCUGCGAAGUAAGCGGCUGCUGUGUGACGUGAUGAUCGUGGCAGAAGACGUGGAGGUGGAAGCCCACCGCGUGGUCCUGGCAGCCUGCAGCCCUUACUUCUGUGCAAUGUUCACAGGUGACAUGUCUGAGAGCAAGGCCAAGAAGAUUGAAAUCAAGGAUGUGGACGGGCAGACUCUGAGCAAGCUCAUCGACUACAUCUACACGGCAGAGAUCGAGGUGACGGAAGAGAACGUGCAGGUGCUGCUUCCAGCAGCCAGCUUGCUGCAGCUCAUGGACGUGCGUCAGAACUGCUGUGACUUCCUGCAGUCUCAGCUGCAUCCCACCAACUGCCUGGGCAUCCGAGCCUUCGCAGACGUGCACACGUGCACCGACCUCCUGCAGCAGGCGAACGCCUAUGCAGAGCAGCACUUCCCAGAGGUGAUGCUGGGGGAAGAGUUUCUGAGCUUAAGUCUGGACCAGGUGUGCAGCUUGAUAUCCAGCGACAAGCUGACGGUCUCCUCAGAAGAGAAGGUGUUCGAAGCUGUGAUUUCAUGGAUCAAUUAUGAGAAGGAGACUCGCCUAGACCACAUGGCAAAGCUGAUGGAGCAUGUCCGGCUCCCUCUCUUACCGAGGGAUUACCUGGUCCAGACAGUCGAGGAGGAAGCUUUGAUCAAGAACAACAACACCUGUAAGGACUUCCUCAUCGAAGCCAUGAAGUACCACCUCCUGCCCCUUGACCAGAGACUCUUGAUCAAGAACCCCAGGACCAAGCCCCGGACUCCAGUCAGCCUGCCCAAGGUCAUGAUUGUGGUUGGUGGCCAGGCACCCAAGGCGAUCCGCAGCGUGGAGUGCUAUGACUUCGAGGAGGGCCGCUGGGACCAGAUAGCCGAGCUUCCCUCCAGAAGAUGCAGAGCAGGUGUGGUGUUCAUGGCAGGCCACGUGUAUGCCGUGGGUGGGUUUAACGGCUCUCUGCGGGUGCGGACAGUGGAUGUGUACGACGGAGUGAAGGACCAGUGGACCUCCAUCGCCAGCAUGCAGGAACGCCGGAGCACAUUGGGUGCGGCCGUGCUCAAUGACCUUCUCUACGCAGUUGGAGGCUUUGAUGGCAGUACCGGCCUGGCAUCCGUAGAAGCCUACAGCUACAAGACCAAUGAGUGGUUCUUCGUGGCCCCCAUGAACACACGGCGGAGCAGCGUGGGAGUGGGUGUUGUGGAGGGGAAGCUGUAUGCUGUCGGGGGUUACGAUGGUGCAUCCAGGCAGUGCCUGAGCACUGUGGAGCAGUACAACCCAGCCACCAAUGAGUGGAUAUACGUGGCAGACAUGAGCACCCGACGCAGUGGCGCUGGGGUUGGGGUGCUCAGCGGACAGCUGUAUGCCACCGGCGGACAUGACGGGCCCUUGGUGAGGAAGAGUGUUGAAGUUUACGAUCCUGGGACAAACACUUGGAAGCAGGUGGCGGACAUGAACAUGUGCCGGCGCAAUGCAGGGGUCUGUGCGGUGAAUGGGCUCCUGUACGUGGUCGGAGGGGACGACGGAUCGUGCAAUCUGGCUUCAGUAGAGUACUACAACCCAGUCACAGACAAGUGGACACUGCUGCCCACCAACAUGAGCACUGGGAGGAGCUAUGCAGGUGUUGCUGUGAUUCACAAAUCCUUGUGACCCAGACUCCCUCAGCCAGGAGGUGGAGGAAGAAGCCGCAGGCCACUGCCCGUGGCAACGGGACCACAGCAAGUGAGGAGAGGGUCUGGGAGGCUCUGCCGUGGUUCGACAGUCAUCCUCACUGUCUCGGCAGGCCAGUCUCCCUCCUCUCUGUGUGGACACUGAUGACCGUCUCCUUUCUGCUCCAAGGUGCUUUGGAUUCCGCCCUAAACAAUUGAGUUCCUGACAGCCCCAGCAGCACCCUAGGGCAUGCACAUUCAGGAACGUGUGUGUGUGUGUGUGUGUGUGUGUGUGUGUAUGUGUGUAAAACAUUUCACUCAGUGGGGGCUGGACCUAUGUGAGUGUCUACUGGAUUUCUUUACUACUGAUCUUUUUACUAUGCUAAAACUCCUACAAACAACUUUUUGGACUCGUCCAAUGGGCCCUAGACGACUACAGAUGCUGUCUUCUGGAGGUCCAGAGAGAACUAGCCCAAAGCAGCACUCUGACCACCUCUGGGACCGUGACUUGACGACUGCGGCUGUGUGGAAGAGCAGGGGCUUCCUUAAAGCUGCUCCGCAGCCUCUCCCUGGGCCACUGCCUCCUCCUUGUCUGGACUCUAGGAGGUGGAUGAGAACUGUUUUGCCUUCAUAGUUUGGCUUCUACUCCCUGAUGUCAUGAAUUCCAGAUUUGGAAGAUUUUGUGUCUUCUCAGCAGGGAAAACAAACUCUUCAGAUAAGUCCCAUGAAGAAACACUGGAGAGAAACAGAUAAGAAAAGCAAGCAAGCAAACAAAAGAAGAAAGUGAUGGGGCUGGAGAGAUG